GCAUAAUAAUUCGAAUUGGAAUUCCCAUCUGUACAACUUGCCGACCGAGUGUUUUUUACAUCAUAAAAUAUUAAAGAAAAAACACAAAUUUAUUAAAUAAAAUGUUGCGAACACGGUUAAUCACGCUUAGAAAAACAAAUAACAUUAAUUUCUUCAAAAUUUUACGAUCACAAAGUACAAAAUCAAACCCCGAACAAAUAGAGAAUCACUCUCCAAGUUUAGAUGCGUAUCAAGAAUAUAAUGAAAUUAAGACAACACCAGCUUCCAAAGGCAAACUGCCCCAAAGAAAUCCACUGGUUAAAGAAUUCUUUUUAGGUAAAGUUGAAAAAGAUCUCCUUGCCUACCCCGAGGUGAUAAAUCGCGAAGAAAUGGCAAAACUACGACAGGAAACUGCCAAAUUCCAAAGCUUUUUCGAUACCAUAGACGAAACGGCAAUAUAUUCAUCAAAGUCAAUAUCUAAAGAUAUUCUGGAUAAUAUUAAGGAACUUCGUUUGUAUGGCAUCAACGCUCCUGACGAUUAUUCCGGUCAGGGUUGGCGAUACAGUCAGAGUUUAGUUGCAUCUGAGGCGGAAUCCAGCGUCACUGAAGUUGCUGCUGGCCUUCUAUCGCACCGAGUUGUAAUUGACACUCUAAAUGAGAUUGGUACCGAUGCUCAAAAAGAUCUUUACCUUCCGAAGCUAGCAAAUGGGUCAAUGCUCGCUACUGAGGCUAUUUUCGAGUACAAAGACGCUGAAGAUGACUUCUUUAAUACAACGGCAAAACACGAUUCGGUUGAAGGCGUUUGGAUUCUUGAUGGCGAAAAAGCUUUCGUUGUCAAUGGAUCCAACGCAGGGCUAUUUCUAGUCAUUGCUCAGACAACCAAGCUUAAUAUGUCCAAUGAUGUGGGCAAAACAACGACGAUAUUCUUAGUGGAUAAGUCAACACCAGGUGUAGAAAUUGGGGAACAGCAUGAAACAAUUGGAUGCAAGGGAUUGCCAACUUGUAAAGUGAAGUUUAACAAUGUUAAGGUUCCAGAAAGUUGUGUUGUUGGGGAUCCAAACGAAGGAAGUUUAGCCGCUGAAGUUGUUCUGCGAAGCACCAGGUUACGAGGUUCAAUGGUUGCCUUAGGCCUAUCAAAGAAAAUCCUUAAUGAAUUGACGCAGCACAGUAUUAAAAGCAAGCAAUCGGGUAUAGCCCUUAAAGAUUUGGAAGGUAUCAAAAAACACAUCGCCACCUUGACGACAAGCACAUAUGCGAUGGAAAGCAUGAUUUACCUAACAGCAGGAUUGUUAGAUGAAUUCGAUCAACAGGACGUUGGCAUGGAAGCUGCCAUUACAAAGUACUACACACUCACUCGACUCUUUGAGAAUUCUUCCAAAAGUGUCGAUGUCAUCGGACCAAAAUCACUGAUUGCCGGUGAACCAACAGAAAUUGCUUUCCGUAACGCCCUUCAACUUUAUACCCAAAGUGAACCACUCGAUUCCCUGCGAAUGUACAUCUCACUAACAGGCUUGCAGUACACUGGACAAAAUUUAAACGAAACUGUUAUGAAAUCAAGAAACCCGCUAUUCCAUCCGGGACACAUAUUUUCGAAAUUUAUGGAAGCUUCGAGUAUAGAUAAUCCAAAGUCAAAACUUCGUUUGGGCGAAGCCCUUCACCCCUCCUUGGAACCAGCAGCUCAAUGUAUAGAACGCUCGAUAAUGCGGUUGCAAAUGGCAGCGGAAAUUCUUCUCACAAAAUACGGUCAGGAGAUUUUACAAAAACAUAUUGAAAUUCAUCGAUUGACGGAAAUUGUUUCACAUAUUUAUGCGAUGUUUGCGAGCACAUCUCGAGCAUCGAGAGCCUAUUGUAUUGGUUUGAAGUUGGCCGACUAUGAGAUGCUGUUAGCUUUAACAAUCUGUGCGGAGGGAGAAGCUAAAGUUAAGGAGUUAGUUUAUGAAAUCUCAAAUGGACCCUACAUGAACAAUGAUAUCAAUGUAAAUCGUCUGACGAAACAGGUUUUCAAGAGCGGUGGGUAUUUCUCGGAGCAUCCGUUAACGUUUAAUUUUUAAUUUUGUCGAAUUGUAAAUUGUUUAGAAUAAAAAGAGUUAAUUUUAAUUUUAA